GUUAGCCGAUGCAGAGCAUUAUAGAUUAUUUCAGUUCGGUUCUCCUUGAAUACUCACCGCCUACAUGGGCAACUCUAACCGCUGGUUUCUUUGCACUGCUCACUGUCACCCUCUUUCUCUACCUUCUAUUCGAUCAUCUCUCUGCUUACAAGAACCCUGAGGAGCAAAAGUUUUUGAUUGGAGUGAUAUUGAUGGUCCCCUGCUAUGCGGUUGAAUCAUUUCUUUCCUUGAUGAACCCGUCUAUUAGUGUUGAUAUCGCGAUACUACGUGAUGGCUAUGAAUCUUUUGCCAUGUAUUGCUUUGGGAGAUAUCUUGUUGCAUGCUUAGGUGGGGAAGAGAGGACGAUUGAAUUUAUGGAGAGGGAAGGACGUAUGGGUUCAAAAACCCCUUUAUUGGAGCAUGGUUCUGAAAAAGGAAUUAUAAAGCAUCAUUUUCCAAUGAAUUAUUUUUUGAAGCCAUGGAAGCUUGGCAAGUGGGUUUACCAAAUGAUUAUAAAAGCAUUUACUGGUAUUUUAGCAGUUAUUCUUGAGGCCUUUGAUUUAUAUUGUGAAGGAGACUUCAGAUGGAAUUGUGGGUAAGAUUACGGUAAAUGUUUGUUAGAGAAUAUAACGGUUGCUGGAGUUUUUGGCAUAAUUUAGUGACUUUGCUGGAUUCUAGUCUUUGUUGCCUGAUUUGUACAAGUAUCUAGUCACUACAUUGCUUUGCGGGAAGGAUAUUAUCGAGUACAAUAAGAUUACCUUAUCACUUUAUUCAAACGAAUAUAAAAAGAAGACUCCUGUCUCAGGUGGAGGGUAUAUUUAUCAAAAGUAGUUAGAGUAGAAAUCCUGGAAGCAACAAAUCCACGUCUAAUUCUAAAUCCAGAGAUUGAAAAGAUUCCCAGUGUCACUAUUGUCACAAGAAAAGGCACUCGAAAGUAGAUUGUCUGAAUCGUAAGACUAAGGACCAGAACAAGAAAGAUAAGGUGUCUGACAUUGUUAGUGUCGGUGAAGAAAAUUUGGACAUUAUUUGCGAUGAAUUGGUGUUGGAGUGGACAAAUCGCUGUGCAAAACUCAACAAAUUGGUAUCAAAACCAAUAUUGAUUUCGGUACUAUUCCUAGUACUAUUUAUUGGUACUAUUCAUAUAGUUUAUUCACGGAGAAUUGUUCAUACGUACUAUUCACAAAGUAGUAUUCGUUUGCAUUAGUUUUGAACCUCACUAGAUAAAAUCUCAAAGACCACGAACACAAAGUUCGAGGUGAGAAAUUUGACGGAAAGAAAAAUUUUGAACUUUAGCAAAUUCAAGUUAAUGAUGUCCUCAUCCAACUGGGACUACACAGAGCAUUGAAGUAAGAUGAAUGGGAGGAUAAAAAUCAUGGAAACAUCUUGAGAGUGCAUCAGAGAUGAUGAUUAGGAAAGAGUUUUUUUUUUCCAGUUUAUUGUGCUGCUUCCAUCCAAGAUGU